CCAUAAAAGCCGACAAGCGUCUAUAUGUUCAUGAAUCAUAUCCCGGUUGAUGAUUAUUAACAUGCCAUGGCUCGGAGUAUAUAACUCUUGCAUCGCAGAAUCCACAAGUUCUCCAUCAAAUCACAAGGUUCCAUAACAAACACUUCUCCUCGACGCCAUGUCCGAACACCGAGCACUCUAUCUUCCCGAGAAACAAGCUCCCUUCGUCGUCAGGUCUGUACCUACGUACAAGCCUGGCCCGGGAGAGCUCCUGAUCAAGGUCGAGGCCGCGGGGCUGGCGCCGGCUGACUGGGCAAUCCAAGCUUUGGGGAUCCUCGUCGAGAAGUAUCCAGCGAUUAUCGGCUUCGAUGCUGCGGGUACCGUCGAGGAGGUCGGCGAGGGCGUCACGGAGUUCAAGAAAGGCGAUAGAGUGUUCCAGCAAUGCGCGUUCGGAGAUGAUCGGUGCGCUGGCUUCCAGCAGUACGCCCUGACGUCCGAGGACACGACUGCAAAGAUCCCCGACGACAUCACCUUUGACCAAGCCGCCACGAUCCCUCUCGCCCUGGCGACCUCCGCCGUGGCGCUAUACCAUGAUGGAGUGAACGUAAUCGGCGGUACGUGCGGCCUGACGCCUGCCUGGGAAGAAGGCGGCCGCGGCAAGUACCAAGGGCAGCCUACGGUCGUCUUCAGCGGCGCCAGCACCGUCGGACAAUUGACCAUCCAGCUGCUCAAGCUCUCCGGCUUCAGCCCUAUAAUAGCCACAGCCUCCCUCAGCAACGCCUCGUUCCUCAAGUCACUCGGCGCCACACACGUCCUCGACCGCAGGCUCUCCCCCGCCGCGCUCCAAGCGGAGAUCCGGAAGAUAACCCCGGAGCCGUUCAAGACCAUCUUCGACGCCGCCGGCGCGGAAGAGACGCAGAACCUCGGCUACGACCUCCUCGCGCCGGGCGGGGUCCUUGCGUCGGUGCAGCACGACCUGGUGGCUCCGGAGAAGAAGGUGCCCGAGAAGACGAACUUCUUCAUGUUCGGCGACGUGCAUAUCCCGCAGAACCGCAAGCUCGGCGCGAGCCUGUACUUGAAGCUGACGGAGCUACUCGCGGAGGGCGCGCUGAAGCCGGUGCCCGUUGAGGUCGUUCCCGGCGGCUUGGAGGGAAUACCUGCAGGGGUGGAGAAGGUCGGAAAGGGCGUAAGUUGCGUAAAGCUCGUGGCUCAUCCGCAAGAGAACGUAUAGAGAGUGUAUAGAUAUGUUGUACAGAACCCACGAUUAUGAGAAGUCCAGCUACCUGUAUGAAGAAUGUAAAUUCACUGUGGCGUAUCCCUGUGGCGUCUUGUUAUAGGUGGUCGGCUAUGGUCGAUGUACGUCGGAUGCAACGUGAGCGGCCUGAUUCAGGAGGCACCAGCGUGUUCUCUUGUCCUUUCGGACACUGACGGUGACGG